CAAGAGCAGAGGAGCCACACAGAUUGCAUGUACUUAAGAUUAAAUUUUCUGAUAAUUCACUCUUAUUAAUCACUGUAUUUUCAGGGGAUGAAAGUGAUUUGCAUGUAAUUAUCUUUGAUGAAAUCAAUGCUAUUUAUAAGUCAAGAGGUUCAACUCGCGAUGGUACUGGAGUUCAUGAUAGAAUUGUGAACCAACUUCUUACUAAGAUAGAUAGUGUGGAGUCACUAAAUAAUGUUUUGCUUAUUGGAAUGACCAACAGAAAGGAUAUGCUUGAUGAGGCUCUCUUAAGACCAGGGCGGUUGGAAGUCCAGGUUGAGAUAAGCCUUCCUGAUGAAAAUGGUCGAUUGCAAAUUCUUCAAAUUCAUACUAACAAGAUGAAAGAAAAUUCUUUUCUUGCUCCUGAUGUGAAUCUUCAAGAGCUUGCUGCUAGAACAAAAAACUACAGUGGUGCAGAACUUAAAGGUGUUGUGAAAAGUGCCGUCUCAUAUGCUUUAAGUCGACAACUGAGUCUAGAGGAUCUCACGAAGCAAGUUGAGGAAGAGAAUAUUAAGGUUACCGAAUUCUGGAACAGCAACUUCAAAAACACAUAUCUCAAGACUCUGAAACUCUUUGGAGGUGCAACCAAAGAGGGGUGAAAGAUGGAUUUUGUAUGAUAUAAUAUUUUGGUUUUUCCUAGUUUUUUAGUGGUAAUCUCUAAGUGGUCUCAUGCAUAUUUUGAUAUGAGUAUGCUUAUUUUAGUGUGAAAUGUAUAAAUACUCAAAAUUAUGAUCAUCCUAAUAUUUUUGGUUCAUUAUAUAAGGAUAAUUUUUAUUA